AUGACAAUGAUGAUACAACGUUUAAUGGAAUCCUCCCGUGGGACACAAGAUCAAAAAUAUUUACGUCCUGUCGGAAGAACUCCAGAUGAAACGAUUAUUGAUAAUAAUAAUUUAAAAAAAGAUACCGAUUAUGAUAAUGAAAUAUUCGCAAGCAAGCAACAACGGAUCGCUGAUGAUUCCAGGGAUAUUGAAAUGUGUGAUGAUACAUCGGAUCGUAAUAGUGUGAUAAGUGAGGAAUUAAAUGUUGAUGGUGAAACUGAGGAUAUUUUUACGCCGGUUGAUUUAACUCGACAUUCGGCAACGACAUCAUCGACAUUUCAACAUUUAGUGGGACAAAAAAUAUGCAGUGAUAAUAAUGGAAGAGAUAGUGUUUGUAGUGGGUUAAGUCAUGGUGGUUCGUUAAGUCCAUCAUCGCCGCGAUCGACAACGCCGUCGAAUGGUGUGAAUAAUCUUGGUGGUGUUCCUGGUGGUGUUAUUAACAAUGUUGUAGUGAAUUCGCAUACACAACGUCGUUUAGCGUUUUCGGUGGAGAAUAUUUUAGAUCCGAAUAAAUUUACGGGUAAAUCGUUAAUUGGUUGUUCAAAUAAUAGUAGUAAUAAUAGUAAUUUAAGUAUUGACAAUAAUCAAUCGAGUUUGAAUUGUUGUUGGCGGCCACAAUUAGAUAUACAAUCGAAUAAUGGUGAUCGGGAUGAUAGUGAAUCUGGUAAAGAUUUAAUGCAACAAUCGGAAGAAGAUGGUGAAGAUCACGAUGAUUUAGGAAGUGAAAUAAGUGAUGAUUUAUCAAAAGACCCAUCAAAUCCAAAAAAGAAAAAAACGGGUAGUCAAAACGGUAGUGAUUCGAAAAAUUCACAAUCAGCGGGUAAACCACGACGUGCUCGAACAGCAUUCACAUACGAACAAUUAGUCGCACUAGAAAAUAAAUUCAAAACAACACGAUACUUAUCGGUGUGUGAACGAUUAAAUCUAGCGUUAAGUUUAAGUUUAACAGAGACACAAGUGAAAAUAUGGUUUCAAAAUCGUCGUACUAAAUGGAAAAAACAAAAUCCGGGUAUGGAUGUUAAUUCACCGACUGUUCCACCACCGAAUGUUACAUCCGGUUUUCCUGGUUUUCCAACACAUCAUACACAUUCGGCAGCUGGUUUAUUAUAUUCAGCUGCGGCGCAUCAUGUACCAUAUGGGGGUGUUUACCCUUUACCGGGGGGUGGUGCUGGUUCAACGGGUAAUUAUUCACCAUAUUUUCAUCAUUUAGCAAAUCAUGGACAUCAUUCGUUGGGACAUUCCUCUUGAAUAAAAGUGU